AUGGACUGGUCUCCCGUGGAGGGAGCAAACCAAACGAACAUUGCGAACGAGACAUGGGAAAGCGCAUCUACCACGCUCGCCAAUGCUCUUGCUUCCACUCGCCUGCCUGCGAACAUCUGGAACCCCGACCAGCUGAUGAACAACUGAGCCUUUGUCACCAUCGCUUACAUACUCGGCACCAGCGCAGCGGAACUUUGCGACCAUAUCGGCAUCCGUCCCUCCCCAGGUGCUCCCGGUGUCAGUCUGCAGACAACCCAGGCUGCUCUUGAACGCCAGGGGUUCUUCUUCCGUUCUGACAUAUUCUCCCGUGGCAGUCCCGCCGGCCGUGGGGGACCCAUACACCGUGAUCGCGGUGUACCGGAAUCGAUGAUAACCUCAAUCAGAUGGCCACGUCAAGUCGGCGUUGCGUACCGGCGACCAGACGGCUCGGGACAUGUGGUAGUCCUAAAUUCACCAGGAUCACCUUACAGGCGAUACAUGGACUAUCAGUCGCGAGCGCGCGGGCAGGAUGUGACGAGCGAAGUGCGAGCGUCGAGAAUCUACAUAAUAUUUGCGCUUGAUCGGCAGCGAACGACCAGCGAGGCGUAUGCGCGCGAAAGGCAGUCACGAGAAGAGCAGGAAGCCAGACGUGUCCGCGAACUGCAACAACAGGAGGAGGAGCGCACGCAGCGCGAGCAGAAUGGGUUCUAUGGAGGGCGAUUCCAUGACUAAUUGUGAACACAGCAGGCGCGGGCAAUAACGUUGUACCAACUUUGCGACGACACCCGUUCACUCAGUACUGAUAUCAAUUCGAAUGUCGAUAUCACACUGAAUGCUCAUAACACGCAUCAACCCGGCCGGAGGGGAUGAUUAGAGUUCAAAAUAUUCCUGGAACGUCACAACGAACUCUGGAUGCACCAUACGAAUUUGCCACUGCCACAACGUUCUCAUCUUCCUCCGGACCAACCCAGCAGCCCACGCCUCUCCAUCCACUCCCGAAUCAAUCCUUCCUGCCAGUAGGCAGCCGAUUCGUCCUGUGCCCGAGACAGGAGCACGAAGUGGAAGUCGUGUUGACUAGCACAUGAAACAACGACGCUCUGAAGGAGAGGGAGGCGAAGAGCGUCUUUGCGGCUAGACUGAAGGC